CUCUACAACUUUAGAGGAACCGAAUGCAAUCUAAAAAUAGAAGUUAAAGGAAAAAACGACACGAAAAAGGUAUUUUGAACUGCGCGGCUUUCCGUAGUUUGUCCUCCUAUUUUCAUCAUUACAACAUCCUCUUGUCCCAUUUGUAGCAAACAUUCAGCUAGGUAGGUUCUGCUGCGAUUUCCCUGCGCUAAAUACAUUUAAUUAUGUGCGGGUAGGCUAUCCUUUACAUAUAAAAAAUAAGAUAUUCAAUAUACAGGAAGACACUGUAUUGGAUAGUCUCCACCCAUUUGUAGAGGUAAACAAAGUAUACCUUCGUCAUUAGCGUGAGCAAGCUGCUAGCUACCGUCACCGCCGUUGAAUUGACUCUUAUAAAUGGAAAUAACUAGACUUUUACAAUGAAUUGUCGAUCCGAAGUUCUUGAGGUAACAGUGGAGGCGAGGCAGGUGGAAGAGGCGAUGUUGGCUCUACUGCACACCAUUUUAUUGCACCGCAGUACAGGAAAGUUUCACUACAAAAAGGAAGGUACCUACUCCAUCGGCACCGUGGGCACGCUGGACAUCGACUGUGAUUUCAUCGACUUCACCUUUGUCCGAGUCUCCUCGGAGGAGCUGGACAGGGUGAUCAGAAAAGCUGUGUCUGAAUUCAAGGAUGCUUUGAGCAACUCUGGCAGUGACGGCAUGGGACAGAUCUCCCUGGAGUUCUACCAGAAGAAGAAGUCUCGCUGGCCUUUUUCUGAUGAGUGCAUUCCCUGGGAAGUGUGGAGCAUCAAGGUUAAUGUUGUCAACCUGGCCAAUGAGCAGGAGAGACAGAUCUGCAGGGAGAAAGUGGGUGAAAAGCUGGGGGAGAAGGUGAUCAACGUUGUGGAGGUCAUAAACCGCCACGAAUACCUGCCAAAGAUGCCCACUCAGUCUGAAGUGGACAAUGUUUUUGACACUAGUCUCAAAGAUGUCCAGCCAUAUCUUUACAAAAUCACAUAUCAGAUCACUGACUCGCUGGGCACCUCUGUAAGCACCACCAUGAGAAGGCUGAUUAAGGACACGCUGGCGCUGUGAGGACUCUACAAGAAUAAGACAUGGAUGACAUGGAUUGUCAAUAACCGUCUAUAGUAAUGCUUAACAACUUCUUUUAACAUUCAAAAAAUGAAGCAGUGUCAGCGUGAUCACUUUUUUGAUGUCUCUGCUGUUGUUCUGGUAUUGCUUGUCCCUUAAGAUUUUCAAUUAUGUAAUCUUUAUUUCAAAGUUGUUUUGUUUUUGUAAGCUUUAUUUUUCCAAAUCAUCUUCACCAACCAUCAUCUAGAAUCGCAGUUAAACACAGUAAGACAUGGCACAUAUAUAUCAGUUAAAUCUUUCAGAACCUGUGUUGCUGAUUUCAUAUGUAAAUUAUUGUAAAUUUUGACAAUAAAUGUUGUAAUUCAUGGUAA